GCUUUUGAAGAAAAACAAAGCUAAUGGCUUUCUUCUUACGCGAGGGAGGUCGAUCUCCCAGAGAAGUAGAAGAAACGAUGAGCACGAGUCUCCAUUUAGAAGCAAAUGCCUCGCCGGAAGCCCUAUUCGCCUCCGUUGAUAUGGGCACUAAUUCUUUCAAGAUGAUCAUAGUCCGUGCAGAUCACUCUGGCAGGUUUUUUGUGAUAGACAAGCUCAAAGAUUCCGUUGUCUUAUCUCGCGAGUCUUCUUGUUCUAUCUCCGCCCAAUCCCAGCUCCGUGCUCUUCAAUCCCUGCGAAAAUUCAAGCGCCUAAUUCUCUCUCACAAUGUACCUCCCAGACAAACCCGCUGCGUAGCCACCGCAGCAGUACGAGAAGCCGAAAAUAGGAGAGAGUUUGUCGAGUCUGUGUUUGAGGACGUCGGGUUCCACGUCGAUGUAUUGUCCGGCGAAGACGAAGCAAGGUUAAUUUAUCUGGGUGUGCUUCAGUUUUUGCCGAUUUAUGAAAAUCGUGUGUUGACUGUGGACAUAGGAGGUGGGUCUACUGAAUUUGUUAUAGGGCAGUACGGUAAAGUGAAAUUUGCGGUUUCUUUGCUGUUGGGUCAUGUGAUUCUAACUCAGAAAUUUGUUAAAAAUGGCGAUGAAAUGCUGAGAAUGAGGGAGCAUAUCAGGAUGGUUCUUGAGGAAUCGGGGUUGGUCGAGAAAGUGAGGGAGCUUGGUGGUUUUGAUGUUGCUGUUGGGUCUUCUGGUACGAUAAGAGCUAUUGAGAAGGCAGUUUUUCACGGGUUUGCGAGAGAGAUAGCCUCUGAUAAUGAGGUGCCUGUUGGGGAGUGUAAGAGGGAUUGGAGGUUUAAUAGAGGAGAAUUGAGAAGUGUUGCAGAAAGGUUAUGUGGAGGAGGAGGAGGAGGAGGAGGAGGAGAGGGAGAAAUUAUCAGGAGAAAUGGGUUUUUCAAGAGGAGAUCAGAGUUCAUUGUUGCUGGUGCAGUUUUGUUGGAGGAGAUAUUUGAAGUUCUUGACAUUGAGGAAAUGGUGGUUUCUGGAUAUGCAUUGGGUGAGGGUGUCAUAGCUGAGACUUUGGCUAACGUUUUCGAUGGCAAUGAGUUGAAUGCCAAUGCCAGGUGGCAGUCUGUUGUACGACUUGCUACUAGGUUCAACAGCAAGAAAAGGAUGAAAGCUGCGGCACAAUGUGCCAGGAUCGCAAGGGAAAUUUUUGAAGGAAUUAGAAAGUCCAAUGAGCUUGCUAAUAAUCAAGUUAAAUUUAGAGUCUCCUUGGAUGCAAAGGACCUUGAAUGUCUCGAAGCUGCUUGUUUGCUUCACAAUAUAGGGGCCUUCACAGGUCAAAAGGGUUACCACAAGCAAUCUUAUCAUAUUAUUAUGAAUGGUGAUCAUCUUAAUGAAUACAGUGGUGAGGAGCUCAAGAUUAUAGCUCUUCUUGCAAGACAUCACAGGAAGAAAUUUCCAAAGUUUGAUCAUCCUUCUAUGAAUGAUUUUCCUAAUGAGGUUAAGCUGAAAUUCAGGUUUCUUUGUGUAAUUAUACGCAUGUCUUUUAUAUUACAGCAGAGCAAAUGCGUGAACUUCCAAGAAAUGAAAUUUUCACAAUCUUGCCAAGGUUUCAAAUUGGUGUUUAAGGAACUUGAAGACCAAUUUCUUUUGCCUGGUUCCAAACAACCUGUGGUAGAGAUCAUUGAGACAGAAUUAAUGCAAGAGUUAGAACAUUUUAAGAAGUUGCUAUAAUUUACACUCGCAGGUUUUCAAGCAGGACUUCUUGAUUUUAACUUCAGAAUAAUGAGAAUGACGAAAUUGGUUGUGGAUGAGAUGUCAGCCAUUCUAUAUACCAGGUGGCAUAGAUGGUUUUAAUUUGAUACACUUAAGAAACAAGUUACUUGGUAUGUUGGUAUUAUUCUUUUUCAUGGGAACUGAGUUUCAUGGUUGAUUCGAUAAAUUUAUUCUAUUGUCAAGUUGUCUUGUGGAACAUCCUAAUAUGUGUAUUUCAUUGGCCUUACUCAUGACAUUGAUAAGCAUACUUCUCAUGGUUUAUAUUCUACCUUUAUUUUAGGCUGUUUUUUUUUUUAAAUGAAACCUUUAAAAUAGACUUUUAUGACCUUUGGGAUCGAUGUCAGGGUUCUCUCCUGUCUUUAUAGCUUUCUAUCUCUGUUUUUCCUUGAAAUUUACUUCGGUUGCUAUUGAAUUAAUAGAAUUUCAUGCUUCCUAAUGUUUCUUGAAGCAAAAAGAGAAAGAAAAAAGGUGCAAAAAGUCCUGUUUAAUAAAAGUGAAUGAUUAAUCAGUUAUUUCUCUCAUGUCCCAAGACAUACCAAUAAUAGUACUAGUGGUUCCUAAAGGUAACUUAUUUGAAUAACUAGUCGGAUCGUCAUAUUCAAUGUAAAACUUUCAGGAAAGACCCAUCAUUUGACUUGAUUAGUGGCUCUUUGUUUUUCAAACUGAAUGGUUUCAUUUUUGUAAAUUUCCAAGUAGAAAGAUGUUUGAGAUUUCAUGUUGAUUCAUUUUGUUUUAUAUUUUUCAAUUUGUUGACAUCUGUCUUUGGAUCCUUUUAAGUGAUAAAAUCUUUAUUUUGUUGCUACUUAUAUGCAGUCCUGUGCUCGGAUCUGGUGAUCCAGUCAACAAAAUUCUGAAUGAUUUAUUCUCAGUGUCACUUAACUGCAGGCACCAUGACCUUAGUGGCUUUGUUUUGUAGUAAGUUCCCAGUAUACCCUCGCUCAAGGCAUCAGCCAGGUCUUGUUCUGAAGUAUCUCCCAGGCGGCAGACAUGUGCUUCACCUGUUUGUGUAUUUGACAUAUCAGUGACUGGCAAAUUUUGAAUCAGGUCUGAUGAAAGCUUGAAUUAUUGGUCUCUACAUCUGGUGUACGGUAACAUGGUCUGCAAAUUGCAGUGUUCCACGGAGAGCCAUGUCAUGUUGAUUUGUAAGUGAAGGCAGGAGUGGACACCAGAGACAGGUUUAUUUAGUAAGAUUGUUCUGUUCAUUAUGAAAGCCUCUAUGUUUGUUUCUAGAUGUACUACUUCUGACGGCAACAAAGCAUUAACAGCACCUAUUGCCUACAAAAAAUUUUACAAUUCCUUGGUUAAAAAUCAAUUCGCCGCAAUGUCACGAUGUUGCAUAGCUGUUGGAAUUCGGUUCAAGACAUUCAUCAUCAAAAGGGUAAAGAUAAAAAUGCAUUGUGGUUGAACCCCUCUGUCAUAGAAGGUAAGGUUGGCCGAUAAUUUUCUGCAGUACCAAUACUAAGUAUCAAUAUGGGUUCUUUUAUGGCUGACUUAGAGGCAUUGUGUCUUUACAUAACUUUCAAAUAUCUCUUAGUAAUUCAGCAACUUUUGUAUGGUUAUUACUUCGUAUCUUGCGGUUUACAAACAAUGUUAAGUAUUUAUUAUAAAAUUAUUGAACGACCGUGUGAAGUAUUAUAGAUUUGUGGCGGAA